AUGCAGGGCCAGUAUGUCACAACGGCGCUCACUCAGAGCUCGUGCGGCCCCGAGCUCCGCGCGGUGUGUGAGGCCCCCCAGUCGGCGCGUCUGCCGCGCGGCUGUCCCCCCACCUGGCUGGAGAUUGACACCUACUGCUACCUGGCGGUGUCGCAGGCGCUGACCUUCCACCAGGCGGACCAGCACUGCGGCCAGCUGGCGGGUGGCGCCAGACUGGGCCACCCGCAUGGGCCGGGCGUCCACACCAUCCUGGAAGCCUACGCUUCGCAAGUGGGCAUCUCAGGCAACUUCUGGGUGGGCGUCCGCGAUGAGGCUUCUGAGGGCACCUGGCAGUCUAUGGACGGGUCGGCUUGGCACUUCGCCUGGAGCCCUGUGCACUACCAGCCGAACGGAGGCACCACCUGGUCGUUCCGAAGUAUCGUCGCCUCUUCCCGGGAGCAGCUGGACUCGAGUCUGAGUCAGAAGAAGGCGGCCACCGGCUGCUUGAGCCAGCUGCUGGGCCUGGCUGUCCACCUCCGCAAAACGCCGAAGCGCCAUGGCUCGGAGCAGCCGCUGUAA